GUCAUUUGAAUUUCAUUCGUCACCUAUCAACGCCGCAAUUCGGUAUUAUGAUUUGAAGAGGGACGCCGGGCCACUCCGCAUGUGCAGAACGGAUGAUAACUCUUUCAAACGAAAUCCGAAUGGACAGGGAAUGGAUCAUAAAUGGAUCAUGAAUGGAUGCCGUAAAUUUAAGCAUGAUAAUUUUCAGCAAAUUUUAGAUACAGCUAUUUCUUACAUAUCUGAAAGUCCAGCAGAAAUAAGAUGUACUGUCAAAGCAGCAAAUUUAAAACCAAUUUUAACAAAGAAGAUUGUCGCUGACACGGCAUGUUUGUUUAUAGAAGCUGCUCGGCACGAUUUAGACGAGGAAAACUUAAAAACUUUUCUAUGUCAAAUAUCUAGCGACGAACAGAGGAUUAAAAAAUUAUGCGAAAGAUACGUUAAUAACAAAACAACGAUACAGUGUCACUUAGAAUCAAUAGGCAAUAACCCACCACAUAUUGUUGAUGUAGACUGGCAUUUAGAUUAUUGCGUUAAGUUGGACACAUGCAAUUCCCUGGGUGUUCCUCUGUAUCAUGUACGAUUUAGUACUAAAGAAGGAGAAACAAUGAAUCAUGUAACAUUUUCGUGUACGAUACAACAGUUACAAGAACUAGUGUUCAAACUUAAGGAUGCCAUCAGAUACUCAGAAAAACUGACUAAUGUUUAGUUAUACAUUCAAGUUAUGGAUCUAAUUUCAUAUGGGUACAAGACAUGUACAAUAUUUGAAAAUUUUCAUACUUUUCUUUUUUCUGUUAUGCAAUCUAUAGAAAUAAUUGUUAACAACUUAUGAUAUUAUACAUGUAUUCUUGUAUAAAUGAAUCAUUAUAAUACUUAUUUAAUAAUAAAUUCAAUUUGUACGUAUAA